AUGUUGACACCAACAGUCGCUAACCAUUUCAGCUUUUUCUAUGCUGUUGGAAACACCCCCGCCAUCAACUUGACGCGGUCAGUUCCUCACGGCCAGGAUGUCUCGGCCUUGUCUCUUGGCUGUGGCGACCUAAGGAAUCUUCUGUAUACUGCAUAUAUUGAGGAUGGACUGCCUGAGAGGAACUUGGACUUCACUUUCUGCGACAUUGAUGAGAAGAUAAUAGGGAGAAACAUUAUACUCCUUUCGUUCAUUAUCGAUGGGCAUGAAGGACCCCUGAAAUCGCUUUGGGGGAUAUACUAUCAUCUCUAUGUCAACGAUGCCACCGCGGCAGUGAUCAAGGACCAGGCCACCAAGCUCGUCCGUCUCCUAGAAUCUAUAACCUCUUGGAACGCCAGUACAUACGGUUCCGUGAUUAGGUUCUGUGACCAGGACACCGUCGAUGAUGUCCGUGGCAUUUGCAAAAGAAUUUCUGAAGGAAACGGCAACUUGGAGAGUCUUUCAAAUGGCAUCGAACAAUCAAAGUCUCUCUUGCUCCAAGCCUCUGGUCAAACUGGUGGCCAUGGAAUGGUUCUUACCAGCAUCCGCUCGGCUGCUCCCCUCUCACUACAGGCAUACAAAACGCUCCCAGAGGCUCAUCAGAAAUAUUGGGAGGAGGGAACAUCAGUGCCCAGACAGUCCGCGGAAAAAAUCCCUAACCCGAUGUUUGCACCACUUCUUUCGCGGAGAGGUAUUCUUCAUUAUGGUACAGACCCAAUCCAAGGAUUUCAUUUAGCAACUGCUUAUGCAGCACUGGCCGACAACUCACCGUUAAACCCUACUGCCACUUCAGCCAAGGGACCAAAAUACGCCGUUGCGGCCCAAAUUCAAUUCUCAAGUUGGGUCUCAGCCCUUCAGAAGUUGCUCAAAAGAGGAAAUUUGACCCUCCGAUUUGUCGUGUCCGAUGUAUAUUCCUUCUGUCAUACUCUUCAGUCUUCCGGGAAGUUGAGUACUCUAUCCGCAAACUGUUUCCGACGGCAAUGGGAUGGCAGAACCCUAAAGCUCGAUGAAAGGGAUUAUGGGAAGGCGAAGAAGGCACCUACUUGGUUUGACACGAUUGACACUUCAAACUUGUCAGAUCAUUUUGGUGCUCUUAACAUUCUCACAGCGACAGCCCCUUUGCUAAAGGAUGAGCCUUGGUCUGCCGUUUCUACUGAACUCUUACUUAAACGGGAAGGCUCUGAAGAGGAAGCAUUUGACCAGCUUCUAUGUGGCCCAGCAGCAACAAUAUCUCUCCUUCUUGGGCUGUCCGCUGUCCAAUAUUGGACUAAUUCAAAGGUAGAGUCUCACGUGGACGAGGUUUUUCUUGCUUUGUCGACAUCGAACAAUGGGAAGGGGCCUGGAGAGACUCAACACCGCGCCUGCAUAUUCUGGAAACAAGAUGGACAAUUCUCAGGUCACCCAGACGAGCGGGGCAGUCUUCAAAUCGAAGCCAAACCGCUGGCGAAUAUCCUCCUGCACGUGUAUAAGCAGAUGUUCCGAGGAGAAGAUAGUAGACGGGCAACCUUGAGAUCAGCAGCCUAUUCCAGCUUCCACAGGGGUAGCUUCGCUGUUUUCCUCAAGUAUCUCAAGUCCCGUGUGACCACUAAUUGGAGUGAAAUGUUGCAAAAGCUCAUAGUCGAUGUUGGUAACGACGAGUCGCUCGCACUUUCAAGCAACUUUCUCCAAGACUUUUGUUGUCAGCUUCACACGAACGAUGUCGAAAGACAUCAGUCUAUCUUGAUUAAUCCUGCGACUAUUCCGAAACUCCUGAGAAUAAAAGGGUGGGACUAUAUCCCUCCGGUUGUUUCUGUAACGGUGGUCGUCCCGCGCAAAGCUUUCGAAAAGCUCUUUUCUGGAUCAAAACAGCUGGCAAUAGCAUCACCAACUAUUGUCGCCGAGCUGAAGUCAUCAGAAUGGCACAACUUGUAUAGCGAUGUUCACAUUCUAUUUGGUGACGUCAAGUCAAGCGACCCAGAUGAGAACAGCCUUGAGAUAGAACAGGACGUUCUUGGUUGGGAAGGCUCGUCGUCCCUUAUUGCUUCGUUCUACAUUCCCACGGCAUCAUUUAACGCGGAAAAGGGAAUACCCGUUGUUGGACUCUCUGUUUUACCCACUGGCCAGAACCCUUUGAUUUAUGGACCUGUUCUUGGACCAAGCAUGUCGAUUUUCGAAACCUCCUUGAAGGAUGAGAAGACGGUGCUUAUUUCCAGGUACUUGCCCGGACAAACGGCUUACCCUGGGCAUUGUGUCGGGGUAAGUCCACUUGGUAAAACCAUUACUAGAAAGAAUGGGGAGACAGGUGUGAGAUUUGAGGCAAAUGUUACUGACUCAGAGCCUCAAAUUACAUCCCUUGUUGGGCAUCUUGACUUCUUAGGUGAAAAAGGGAAGAGGCUUCUGAAAGAGAAAGCUCCCAUUGAAUUGAAACAAACGAGCCCCUUCUCCAUAAGCAUUGCUUUUGGUAACAACAAGUCCGACAUCUACCCUCUACAUUUCCCUAUACCUGUCUCCAAGGAAGGGGCUAAGACACGCAUUGCGAGGGCCUCAGGAUAUGUCGAGGUCAUCGCUCCAUUCGCGAAUCCAUUGUCAUCGGAAUGUCUGGGGGAUUUUGUCUUCCCCUCAUACCUUUCGUCAUCAAGAGUGCCGGCUGCUUUAAAUAUGCCACAUACCAACCUUGACAAGCUUCCUGUUCUCGACGUGGAUAAAAAGAAGGAAUUGUCAUGGUUAACCACGCUGACAUCCUUCCAAUUUUCAUCACGAGAAAGGCACAUUCGUGAUAGGCGAGCUGGGACAGGUAUUUCUUCUGACCCGAGGACGAAUUUCAAAGACUCGCUUCUCACGAUGUUUAUGCUGGCAUCUGGCCUUCAGGGAGGCCAGACAGGGUUAUUUACCAUCAGCCACCCGGAGAGAGGUGGCAAUCACAUCCUCAUGGUGGUUUCCGCAAUCCGGCUGGAUGGCGACACUGCCUCAGUGGUUCUUGACGCAGCAGUGAUUCCACUCACCAUGGGUCUGAUCGAGUCGCACCGGAUCGAAGAAUUCCUCCUCGUUCUUGAGGGACUGGAAUGCUGCGCUGUUACGGUAGAUGAUGCAGAAUUACAGUUGUGGAAGAAGGUCCUCCCGGCAUUCGUCGAGCGAUGCAGGACAUGGUCUCAUACCGCCAAGUGUGAGUAUAAGAAGAAGGGGGCCACGAUACCCCUGAGUCUUGAAGACGGUGAACAACUCUUGUGUUCUUGUGGUAAUGGACAAUUGCCUAAAAACUUCGUCAACAUCCCGGAGUGGGAGAUUGCGGCCACGGAAGCAGUCCGUCUGGCAAUCAGCCCAACUUUUGCUGCAGCCAUAGUGGAGGAAUUAGCUGAUACCUCGACAUUUGGUGAGAAAGGAGGGUCUUUGGCCACUCCUCAGGAACGGUGUCGUUUCUGUGGCAAGACACAGAACAGCGACGGAAGCGCUUUGAAGAGAUGUCAAAGGUGCAAAGAGGUCAAGUACUGCUCGGCUGAGUGCCAGAAGCGGGAUUGGAAGACGCAUCGCAUGGAGUGCAAGGAGUCCUCUUGA